CGGGCAGCUGCUCACAGUCCUGUUUCCUCCCGAGUUUCCGCAGACAGCCAUUGAGUGGAGCCUGCCGGAGCGGAGCCAUCCGAAGCACAGCCCGGAGCCGAAAGCAGACAGAAUCAGCCUGAGCCAGCCCAGCCCGGUGAUGGAGCACUCACAGCCCGACAGCAUGCCCAAGGAUCUGUCUGAGGCCUUAAAGGAGGCCACUAAGGAGGUGCACACCCGGGCAGAGAAUGCUGAGUUCAUGAGGAACUUUCAGAAGGGCCAGGUGACCAGGGAAGGCUUUAAGCUGGUGAUGGCCUCCCUGUACCACAUCUAUGUGGCCCUGGAGGAGGAGAUAGAACGCAAUAAGCAGAACCCAGUCUACGCCCCGCUCUACUUCCCUGAGGAGCUGCACCGAAGGACUGCCCUCGAGCAGGACAUGGCCUUUUGGUACGGUCCCCACUGGCAGAAGACCAUCCCCUACACACCGGCCACACAGCACUAUGUGAAGCACCUCCACGAGGUGGGGCGCACUCAUCCUGAGCUGCUGGUGGCCCACACGUACACCCGUUACCUGGGUGACCUCUCAGGGGGCCAGGUCCUGAAGAAGAUUGCGCAGAAGGCCCUGGACCUGCCCAGCUCUGGUGAAGGCCUGGCUUUUUUCACCUUCCCCAACAUCGACAGCCCUACCAAGUUCAAACAGCUCUACCGUGCUCGCAUGAAUACUCUGGAGAUGACACCUGAGGUCAAGCACAGGGUGACAGAGGAGGCUAAGACCGCAUUCCUGCUCAACAUCGAGCUGUUUGAGGAACUUCAGGUACUGCUGACACAGGACCAAAAGGACCAAAGCCCCUCACAGAUGGAGUGGCUUCGCCAGCGGCCUGGUAGCCUGGUGCAAGACCCUACCCCUGCAGAGACACCCAGAGGGAAGCCUCAGAUCAGCACUAGCUCAUCCCAGGCACCACUCCUCCGAUGGGUCCUCACUCUUAGCUUUCUGAUGGCAACAGUGGCAGUGGCAAUUUAUGCCAUGUAAAUGCAAAUAUGCUGUGAACUCUAUCCAUGAAGGGCCUUCUCUCUGUUGGGGAGAAUCUUGCCUGGCUCUCUUCUCUGGGGCCUCUAAGAAGCUUUUGGGGCUCCUAGCCAGCCCCCACCCUGUGUCCUCUUUCUCUCUGCAAUGGAGGGAGACGCUUGACACAUUUUCACCUCACCAAAAUCACAUCCAGCCAGUGGCCUGAACUUUGAAACCAGCAGCCCCAAGUCCUGCAGCAGAGCCCAAAAGCCAUGGCCUGAAGGGCAGCUGUUAUGAGCCUGGUGCCCUUGGUUGUUGGCAUCCAUGUUAACUGCCAUGACUGCUUUUCUCUGGUGUUAUGGCCACUUUGAUAUCAGUGUGUAAAGAUGUUCUGUCUUGUGUUUCUGUCUCAUUAUUUCCCCAGUUCCACCUGAAUGGUAUUUUGUUGUGUUUUUUUUUUUUUUUUUUUUCUAACAAAGUUGGGCUGUCUUGAGGGGUGGGUGGGGAAGAGGUAUUUAAUAGUUGUAACCUUGGUCUCCAACUUCGGUGUGAAAUAAUAAAUGACAUCUAACAGUCA